GGCGCAGCGAGCCUCGUCUGUAUCCCUCAUCUGUAUCCAUCAGUGGGAGUCGAAGGGUCCAUUGGGCAUAUCACCCACUCUGAUUGCUUGUACCAAAACUAUCCCUUCGGCUACCCAUCUCUCUAACUACUUCGACUGUUGCCAUGUUUGGGGGCGCCGCGACGAAUCCAUACGAUGAGACCGUCACCAACGCAACGGCCGAGACGCUGACCUCAGAGCCCUGGGACCUCAUCCUCUCGCUCUGCGACACCGUCUCCUCCGCAUCCCCGCCCUCGACCGGCGCGCAGCUCGUCAUCGCCGCCUCCCUCCUCAAGCGCCUGACGCACCGGACCCCCAACGUGCAGCUCUACACGCUCGCGCUCGCCGCCGAGGCGCUCCAGAAGAACUGCGGGAUUGAGGUCUGGCGCGAGCUUGCCGGGCGGGCGUGGACGGCUGGGCUCGAGCGCGUCGUCACUGAUCGGAAUACACACGAGAAGUCCGCACCCGCGCGCUGCAGCUCGUCGCACAGUGGGCAGAAGAGUUCGCGCACGACAGCACGCUGGGAAUCAUGCAGGAAUGCUACGAGAAUCUCAAAGCGAAGACCCGAGACGGCGCCGCCUCCUGCGGUCGACGACGCCGUGCGGCGGCGCGAGGAGGAGGAGCUCCAGCGGGUGCUCGAGCUGAGCAUGAACGACGCGCGCGGCCGGCAGUGGGGCAGCAGCAGCAAUGCGAACACAAGCAACAACACGAACACGGGUGCAGGCGCCAGCGGAAGCGGGGCAUCGUCGAGUGCCGUCAACGGCUACGGUUCUAGCCCAGGGCCAGGGUCGGGAUACUCGGCUGCAGCUGGAUAUUCGGCGGCUGCGGCGGCGACGGGCAUUGUCACGCGCGUCCGGGCGCUGCACCCGUUCGCGCCCACGGAGCCGGGGGAGCUGCCGUUCGAAAAGGGCGACAUCAUCAAGGUCGUGGAUCGGGGCUACCGUGAUUGGUGGCGCGGACAGCUCAAGGGCCGCACGGGCAUCUUCCCCGUUAAUUACGUCGAAGCGCUACCCGAACCGACGCCCUCCGAGCUGGCGUCAGAAGCUGCAGCCGAAGCCCGUGUUUGCGCAGGCGGUGAAUGUGGAGAAACUGCUGAACAUGCUCAGGGCCCUGGAUCCGAGCAAGGGCGACAAUCUGGCGGACGACGAGGAGCUGCAGGAGCUGUAUCGGAGCUGUAUGGCGCUGCGGCCGAAGAUUGUCAAGUUGAUUGA